GAAUCUAGAACAAUAGGUCACGUAAUACGGCACCGCCUGGCAGAAAAUCACAUCGGCGGAGCGACCGUGGGCCAUGGACUAGUCCAUACGGCCCACUCUAAGGUUUGCCUCGCCUUGUAAACGGAAGUCCGUACCACGGCUAUCCGCCCACAGCAAAACGUCCGAUUGCAUGUGGAUCCUUGCAUUUGCUUAUCGCGAAUGUUCAGAUAAACAUGGACAGACAGAAGCGGUAGUGGAACAGGAAACAGGCUCGGUGCAAGUCAUUCUGCCAUCCCUGGGUGCCCAACGGAAGCUCCUUCGUCGCUACUUCACUGUUAUAACGUCGUCUCGUACGAGCUGAGUGUUCUUCCAUCUUUUGCGAUAAAGGCAAGACGAUUAAGAAAAGCGAGCUGUAUGACUAGCUACACAUACUGAGGGGCUGACUUCUGAGGGAUUCGGGGCGUCGGGUCGAGAUGGCUGCCGCCAUUUUUGUCUGUUUGCUACUCAUCCACCAUUCUUUCGUUCUUGCAUCAGCGAACGAGGGAAACCUUAUUGACGCCCUGCUAGUGAACUAUACGUCGGACGCACGCCCAGUGAAGGACCCCAUGCAAAAUGUCACCGUGAGGUUCGAACUGGUGUUGGCACAGAUCAUCGAAGUGGUCGCUAGAGACCAGAUGCUGACAGUGAAUGUGUGGUUCCGCCAUUACUGGGACGACGACUUCUUAGUAUGGAAUCCCGACGAGUAUAAUGGGAUAACUUCUAUCAGAAUCCCGAGCGAGAAAAUAUGGCGGCCAGACAUCGUGCUCUAUGAGAGAAUCCAUGAAGAGGGCUGGUCCGAAACUCCGAACACGCAUGCGCACGUGAACCAUAACGGGUCCGUGCAGUGGCUGUAUCCCAUCACCCUCCGCAGCUCGUGUCUGAUGGACGUGUCACUCUUCCCGUACGACGUGCAGUCCUGUCCGCUCAAGUUCAGCUCCUGGGCGUACGACGGUCUCGCGGUGGACAUCGUAAACACGUCAGCCACGGGAGACAGCGAGAACUUCAUCAAGAACGAGGAGUGGGACCUCGUCAGCUUCGCGGCCGCCAAAAAUAUCCAGUACUACAACUGCUGUACCCAGCCGUACCCGGAUGUGACGUUCACUAUUGAAAUAGCGCGAAAGGCACUGUAUUAUAACUACUACGUGCUCGCGCCUUGUAUUAUCAUAGUUCUCAUCAGUCUGUUGGGGUUCUGCCUGCCUCCUGAUUCAGGAGAGAAACUGUCCCUCAGUAUCACCAUGUUGCUAUCUCUAGUGGUCUUCAUGCAGCUUGUUGCGGACAGUCUACCAGCAACUUCGACAACGAUUCCACUGAUAGGUAAGCCUUUACUAUUGAUACUCCACCUAGAGAUGGGGAAUAGAAUCAGGCAGUUCUUUGGAGCAACUAUCGUGAUUGUCGCUCUGUCAUCCGUCCUUACCAUCUUCAUCCUCAGCAUCCACUUCCGGGGUCCGAACAUCCGCCCGGUACCCAGAUGGCUCAAGCUCAUGUUCUCCAUAAAAGCCUGUAAGCAACUCUUGCAGGAGACACGUCACAACAACCAUCCCGAGGACACGGAACAACGGGAACUGCCCGAGAUGAACCGUAACAGACGGGACAGCGCCUCCUUGGAGAGAACGGACAUAUUGCAGGCUAAAACCAUACGCUACAUGGAGCUACACAAGAGGAUUGACGUCAUCAACGAGCACCUGGAUGAGAUGCUGCGCACGCGCAGAUCCAAGGCUUCAACAACAGCCAUUGAAGAUGAGUGGAAAACUUUAGCUGCGGCGCUUUUUAUUGUGGUGCUGGGGUGUACGGGAAUCCGAUGCAUCGAGCUGGAAGAAUACUUUGGCAUCAUCAACUUACCUUUGACCAAGAAAGGGUGUAACCAACAUAUCAUUGUAGUGACGCAUUUCAAACCAUGCGGAACAGGAAUGGGAAACCCAAAACAAGACCACUGA